UCUAGCCCACCAUGAGUGCCCACUGCCUCCCUAUCCUUCUUCUCCAUGCCUGGUGGGCUCUACUCCAGCCGCGCGCCGCGUCGGUGGCCGCCUUUCCUCUGUGGACACGGGGUCAGCCCUCGUCACCAUCCUCUCUCGCGUACAUGCUGAGCCUCUACCGAGACCCGCUGCCUCGGGCGGACAUCAUCCGCAGCCUCCAGGCGCAAGACGUGGAAGUGAGUGGGCAGAACUGGACCUUCGCUUUUGACUUCUCUUUUCUGAGCCAAGAAGAGGAUCUGGCAUGGGCGGAGCUCCGGCUGCAGCUGCCCGGCCCUGUGGACCUUCCCACGGAGGGUCCACUCACCAUUGAAAUUUUCCACCAGGCAAAGCUGGACCCAGGGCAGGACCCAAGCGACUGCCUGGAGCGAGUUCGGAUGGAGCGGUUCACGAUCGCCCGGUCUCAGGUGACUUUUUCCGCAGACAGCACUGUCCUGGAGGUGACCCGGCCACUCUCCAGGUGGCUCAAGGACCCCAGGGCACUGGAGAAGCAGAUAUCCGGUCUGAAAGGAAAGUGCUGGAAUCGGCCCCACAUCCCACCCCUCACUGUCGCCAGCACCAACGUGCUCAUGCUCUACUCCAACCGGCCUCAGGAGCAGAGGCAGCUGGGUGGCGCCACUUUGCUCUGGGAAGCCGAAAGUUCCUGGCGGGCCCAGGAGGGACAGCUGUCUGAAGACAGGGGCCGAUGGGCCAGAAGGCACCGGAGACAUCACUUGCCAGACAGAAGCCAGCUGUGCAGGAGGGUCAAGUUCCAGGUGGACUUCAACCUGAUUGGCUGGGGCUCCUGGAUCAUCUACCCCAAACAGUACAACGCCUAUCGCUGUGAGGGCGAGUGUCCUAACCCUGUGGGGGAGGAGUUUCACCCUACCAACCACGCCUAUAUCCAGAGCCUGCUGAAACGCUACCAGCCCCACCGGGUCCCGUCCACAUGCUGUGCCCCUGUGAAGACCAAGCCACUGAGCAUGCUCUAUGUGGACAAUGGCAGGGUGCUCCUGGAACACCACAAGGACAUGAUUGUGGAGGAGUGUGGGUGCCUCUGACGGAGCCAGGGGAGUGCUGAAUCAGCUCGCCCUCCACAGUGCUGCACUCCGGGGAGACCCCAUAGUGUCGUCUAUCGGGGAGCAGAAAUGCAAGAAAGGCUCUGCUCGCCAGGGCGGAAGAGGAAGGCCUGCCCCCUGUGCAUACAGGGCCCUGAGACCUGCCAGGCCAGAGGCGACUUCGGGGGAGGCAGGAAUGGGGAAGCCUUGCAGGGGCUGGCUGGGCUCCCUGGAAACGGGGGUUAUGAACUGAGCGAGUGCUUUUUAAACUUUGAAGCCCUUGAGAUGGUGUGCAAAGGCUGGGGUAUAUAUGUAUUUAUUUUUGAGGCCUUCUGUAGCUUUCCUGUGUUCUUCAAAGCGGUCUGUGACCCACUAUCCCUCCCUAAAGAUCGGUAUAAUGUUAUUAGAUUAAAACUAGCCAUUUGGCUCUCCCCGCUUCAAGCUGGGCUAGGGGAACCCCACAACUUUCUGGCUGGCUGGGGCUAAUGUGGCCUUCCUCAGCGGCUCCCUGAUCUCUGCAAAUGAGUUGCCUAAACAAUAAAGCCACUGUCCAGCCUCUCCCGGGGCCAGCUGGUGCCUUUGACCAGAGAGGCGGGCACUUGUCCAAGAGGGACUGGCCAAGGUGGACAAGAUAGAAGCCAGAGCCGUCAGACGUCUGCUUGGCAGACAUAACCCAAGUCUAUUAAAAGUCAGUGACAAUUCACCUCAGGCUUUCAAGGUGUGUUUUGGGGACCUGAGGUUUCCGGUCCAGCCGGGGAUGGGGUUGUGGUCACAGCUUUUCGAAGGGAGGCUGUGUGAUAUGGGAGAACAUUCACUGCCUGGCCUCCUCUGGUGAAAAGAAGCGGCAGAGCCGGAUUCCUUCGUAGGAAGUACCCCUGAGGGCUAGGGAAUGAUUGUGAUUCAGUGGCAGCUACUUGCUUAGUAUAUGAAAGACUCUGGCUAAACCCCUGCAUACCAAAGCUGGGCCUGCGGAGCACACCUUUACAGUGCAAAGAGCAAGAAGAGAGCUCUGUGAACUCAAAGCCAGCCUGGUCUACAUGUGAGCUCCAGGACAGCCAGACGACACAGGGAGCCCCUGUCUCAAAACAGUUAAACCCAGCAUGAAAGGGAGGACCGAGGGUCUUCAACUGGGUUGUCCUCGGGGCCUUCUCCCAUCUUUGAGCCUUUGAGCCUUUAAGCCUUAAAGUAUGAGACUUGC